GUGUGCAUGCGUCACAUUAUGGUGACGUAGGCGGAAGCUGGUUGUGGAUGAGCGAGCCACAUUAGCACACUCACUGACUUGUAGAGCUGUAUUUUGAGUAGUGCGUACUCGAAGGUGUGACAACAACACCGUGCUUCAUCUUAUCUCACUAAAAUCAUAAUUUACUCACCAAAUGUGAAAGAGGAAAGAGUACGUACAGGCUGCUGAGCUGAUUGUGCUCCGCGUGCGGCCGUGCUGUAACCAUGUCAACAGGUUUCCCUACACCUGUGUACUCUCACGCGGGACGAGGAGUCUUCAGGGACGUUUACGAGCCGGCGGAAGACUCGUUUCUUUUAAUUGACGCUCUGGAAAAAGAUGCAGAGAGGCUGCAGCUGAUAAGUCCGUGUGUUUGUUUGGAGGUGGGAAGUGGUUCUGGAGUGGUGUCAGCCUUUCUGGCGUCAGUUAUUGGACCUUCAGCUCUUUAUCUUUGCACUGAUGUGAAUCCUGCAGCCGCUGAAUGCACAGCAAAGACCGCUUCCUGCAACAGUGUGUCCCUGCAGCCUGUUAUCACAUCCCUGGUUGACUCUUUUCUUCCUCGGUUAAGUGGGAAAGUGGAUAUCCUCCUCUUCAACCCUCCUUAUGUGGUCACCCCUUCAGAGGAGGUUGGCAGCCGAGGUAUAGAAGCAGCCUGGGCUGGUGGGAAACGAGGACGAGAGGUUACAGACAGAUUUCUUCCUUUGGUAGCUCAGCUACUCUCCAGUAAAGGGAUAUUCUACCUCAUUACUAUAGCUGAGAAUGACCCAGAGGAGAUCAUCUGCUUACUAGGAAAAAGUGGUUUGAAAGGAGAGUCAUGCUUGUCGACGAGAGCAGGGAAUGAGAGACUGUCUGUGCUGCGCUUCCAUCGGAGCUGACAAACAUGAGACUGCUGCUGCAGGAACGUAUUUAUUUAGUGUUACAAAAGAGGAAACAUCAAAACCAGUGUGAAUAACAUUUUCUUAUUAAAAUUAUACACUUCUUUUGCUAUGUAAAAUCCUUUUAUGGCAUCUUUGUACAAUAAAACAAAAAUUCCUUGCUAAAUGG